UUCGCGCGUGUCGUUUACUCUUUCUUUACUUUUCCCGCUAGUUUUCCCUGAGGUUGAGGAAAAUUGUGCUACAGAUUUUCCCUCACUUUCUUCUGUACUGAAUCUGAAACUCCAUGAACCGUAGAGAAGUGACUCUCAUUUCAGCGGCCACAGUCUUUGGUGCUUUAGCAUCUGCACUCGCUUAUCGUGUUUUAUUCUCUAACCCUAAAAAGCACUUUUCGCGAAUCGAUUCUUCAUGUAACGGCGACUGUUCCAAGAAAAGCACUUCUCAGAGCCAUUUCGAUCCCUCAAAACGCAAGGGGUAUUUGACAUGGGACGAUUAUUUUAUGUCAAUAGCAUUUUUGUCGGCUGAAAGGUCCAAAGAUCCACACAGGCAGGUUGGAGCGUGCUUGGUGAGUCAAGAUGGUGUAAUUCUUGGCAUUGGCUACAAUGGAUUUCCAAGGGGUUGUUCAGAUGACAAGCUUCCUUGGGCAAAGAAAUCCAAAACUGGGAAUCCUUUGGAGACAAAGUAUCCUUAUGUUUGUCAUGCUGAAGUAAAUGCCAUCUUAAACACAAAUCAUGCAUCAGCUGUUGGUCAGAGGCUGUACGUGACCAUGUUCCCUUGCAAUGAAUGUGCUAAGAUAAUUAUUCAGUCAGGUGUCUCUGAAGUUAUAUAUUUUGUGGAGAAGAGGCUAAAUAAUUCAGACACUGCAUAUGUGGCGUCACACCAACUACUAUCCAUGGCUGGCGUAAAAGUCCGGAAACAUCAGCCACAAAUGAACCAAAUUGUGAUAAAAUUUGAGGAGCCAUAGUGUCACAAUGCAAAUGUUGAGCUUGUCUUCCUUGUUUAAUGAUUUCCUGCUGGGUAAUAAUCUCAGAUGACUUUGUCAUUUCAUUAAAUGUAUUCCGGCCUUUGCAGUUUGGUGGUUGUUGUAUCUUUUCCCGAAGGACUUGUCUUCUCGGUUUAAUGAUUUUCUGGAUAAUAAUAUCUACCACUGCAAUCAAAACUCAAGUGAUAAGUUUGGGUCCUCUUGACCGGAUGACUUAA